CCCGCCUUUUCCAUAAUCUAAUGUAUUUGAUGCCCAAUUAUUAUACCUGACGUUGUGAUUUCGAGUGUAAACAGUCACUCUGCAGUGUACGUUUAUGUGUGUUAAUGUAGUGUCGAUAAAUUAUUUAAGAAAGUAUAUCAUUGAAAGCAAGAAAGAAAAAAAAAUGUUUCGCAAAAAUGACAGAUUGGAGCGCCGGUUGGUGCUACUUACUGAUGAGCCGAUGGCCAUAGCCAAAUUUGGCUGUAGGGCGAUUUUUGCAUUCAGCUUUGGUUGUAACAUCAGUGAGAUACAUCAACAGCAGUCAAACGAUGGGGCAGACGAAGUAAGAGUGGCCAAGGCAGAGCCGCGUCAGCCACGCCGACGAUGAGCGAGUCUGAAGAAGAGGCAGCUACGCCACUUGCCAAGACUCGUGGCCUACGCUUGUACAGUAGCCAAAUACCCUUUGGCCGGUCUGCUACGACCACCAGCUCAGCCCGGCCGAUGCUGGCAUGCCUAGGCGCGCUCCUACUUAUUCCGCUAGCCGGGUGCCAUGGGUCGGACGAGUCCCUGGCAUCGGCAAGCCCCUGCGGAGGCCACCUGACCGCUCGCCGUGGCAUCAUCUCGACGCCAAACUUCCCGGGCCCGUUCGCCGUGCCCAUCCACUGCCGCUGGGUCCUCGACGCCUCGGAGCUGUCGGACCAGGCGAAAAACGCUUCCGUCAUCGUCUACCUGGCCCAGCUGUUCGCCUAUCGGGGCCUCAGCUUCCACGAGUACGCGUACUACGAAUCCGAGACGACGAGCUUUGGCGGUGCGUUGCUGCACGACGUCGACGAGGGCAACGUGUUCGAGAGGACGUGGCUGAGGACUUACAGCCCGUACAUGGUCGUCGAGUUCCGGCUGGACAGGCUCGAGGGCAACCACGUGAGGGUCCUGGACAAGUUGCUCGACGUCUACGGCUUCAACAUGACGUACGAGAUGAGCGCCGGCGACGAGGUCAGGCCCAACCCGUGUUCCCUGAAGGAGUGCUCGCUGGCUGGCAAUUGCCUCCUAGCCGCGGAUCAUGCGACCUUUUACUGCGAUUGCUUCGAGGGAUUUGGUGGCGAGCACUGCGGACACGGGCCCCUCUGCGUCACGGACCGGGGCACCCCGAUUUGCCAGAACUCGGGCACCUGCAGGCACAUCGGAGCGGCAGCGGUGCGUUGCCUGUGCAGUCCGCAAUUCAGCGGAGAUUUCUGUGAAUUCUCGUCAGUCAACGACCACGAAACUGGUUGCCGAGAGGCCAACUGCAUUUUCCAGUGCCCCUUCCCGGGGGAGCGGCCACCGGGACUGGCGUCGCUGCAGGAACAACACGGGGGAGAGCGCCGGAGGCCCUGCCACUGCAAGAAGCCGAUUCGCGUCCGCAGCGAUCGCACGAGGUUCGAGUGCCGCAUCAAACUCACCAACGUCACGUAUCCAAAGUCCGCGGAGUUUGUCACUCACAACACCAGCCUCGAGCUUCGACUCACCAAGCAGCUCACCAAGUACAUAAAGGACUCGCACGUGUCAUCUACAGAGGACUUGAGGAUUCUGAGUGUGACUCGAGCGUUGGAGGUGAACUUUCAUCUGUUCGGCGAGUCGCGCGAUGGUGACAAGAUCCGCGGGGCCCUGAACAAGUUGGUCCAACGCAGGAGGCUCGGCGAUUUUUUUCUCGAACCAUCGCACUUCACCUUCCAACAAAAACCGGCCCUUAGACUUCAGUCCCUGGGGAUCAAUCAACCAAACGAACGUCGAGUACAGCUUGGCGAUCAAUUUAUAUUGUCGUGCAUUGCCGUGGGCAGCUCCGAUCUCAAGUUCAACUGGUACAAGGACAACAAACUGGUCAACAUGAGCAAAUCGAUCAGGGGUAUUUGGUACAGACACUUGCCGAGCGACGGCUCGGAUUACCACACGUCAGUACUGACGGUGGAAAAAGCCACACUACUCGACGCGGGCGUUUUCACCUGCCAGGCCGUUGAUUGGGGCGUGCAGCAAUGCAAGAGCACUCGGAUCGCUGUGAUAGACAAUCCAAAUGUCAAGAUCGUGCCGAUGAGCACCACCGUCGAAAUAGGCAGCACGGUGCGUCUGAUGUGCACAACGCCCAAUAUGCGCGACAUCGGCAUCGGCUUCGGCUGGACGAAGAACAGGGCGCUGCUGCGCUUCGAGCCGGGCCAGGAAGUCUGGGAGGACCUCUACCCCGCGGGCAGUCUCCUGACCAUAAGCCGGAUCCAAAAGUCGGCGGUGUACACGUGCAACGUAGCCCAGCGCGCAAGCUCGGUGCGGGUCGAGGUCGUCAACCGCACCCUCAUACCGAUCUGCCGGGGUGAGAGGGCGUGGAGCCUCGACUGGCCGGACACGGCACCCGGGACCAGGUCGAUUCUACCCUGUCCCCAAGGCUUCGUCGGUGGCAAGGUGACCAGGCAGUGCGCUACGCGUAACUCCAGCAGCUCCGAGUGGGACUUGGUGCCUGAUUUUGCCGACUGUCUCUACGAGGGACUCGUCCAGCCGUACGACGAGUUCCGGAGCUUGACUCUCGGCUACGAAGGUACGAACGGCUCGUCGACGAUACAGGCAUUCUGGGACGUGCUUCAAUACAGGAGGUCGAACUUCUAUCCAGGCGAGGGCGAUCGUGUGAUCAAUCUGCUCGAGGAGGUCGAGCAAUACCAGUACAACGUGGACGAGCUCGGUGAUUUGCGCCACUCGACCGAGGCCCUCAUGAGGAUUGUCGAUAGGAUUCUGAGCAACGAGCACUCGAUCCUUAGUCAGCAGAAAUUAGUGUCAUUGAGUCAGCUGGUUCACCGGAAUCUUGGAUACUGGAGCCAAGACGGUACGGAAAGUAGCAAACAUUUGUCGCUCGCCGAAGUCGUAGUUGACAUUCUUCCGAUGAAAGUAUACUCCACGUCCACUAUCAUGUACAGUUUGAAGUUACCCCACGACAAUCAAAAUAAAUAUCCCGAUUGGUACAACGAGCGAGUUACGAUUCGUCUUUACCACAACCAAGUGCUCAGCAACAACAAAACCAUAUCCGGCAUCGUCGUGGUCUACCGGAAUCUGGCGAGAUUUUUUCCAGACACGUACAUCACGGAACUCGAAGACGGCACGGACCUGGAGUACCGAAUAAGCUCGCGGGUGGUGAGCGUGACGACGUCGCACGGAGUCGAAGACCGGAAUGACAGGUACGCCAUCGAGUUCGAGUUCGGUGGGGCUUAUUCCUCAGUUUCUUCCUCUUCCUGGAACGCGAGCUGUGGGUCCCUGAAGCCCGACGGCAACUGGAACCUAGACAGCUGCACCUUGGACGAGAGGCUCGAGCAAAAAGGCGGAACCUUGCACUGCCUGUGCUCUAAUCCAGGAACCUUUGCCGCUUUUCUCACAGCUCGUGCCGAGACGGUGAGUUGCGUAUUAUCAAAAAACGACGAGACGAACUUUGUGGUGAUCCUCGGGUGUGCCAGCUGUCUGGUACAGUGCUGCAUCGCCAUAAUCGUACUGACCGCGUUCUGGUGGCGCAAUCGGACGUGGCUCAAUUUUCUCAAGAUCCAGUGCUGCGGUGCCAUUGUAGCCGCCAUGGCCACCUUCAUUUACGCCGUGCACUACGAGAUUUCAGAGGAUAACCUGUCCAUUGUGGCGAUGUGCCUGGAAGCUUUUCUUCUGAUUGGCACGUCCUCGCCAAUUUCGCAGGCACUAAUUAUUUACGCCGAGCUCUCGAACAUCCAUCCGAGUCAACAGCUCCAGCCAACCGUGGUGGCCGUCAUAACUGGCGUGCCUAUUUUGGCGCUACUCACGACCGAAUUGAUGCGGAAAACCGUCGGCUGGAAGCACGAGUCCUGGUGGUUGGUUUUCGGCACCGAAGUUUACAACUUGUUCGUCGUAUGUUCGAUGACUUUGCUGCUCACCUUUUUGUUGCUAUACGUAGCCGUCAUUUACAAGACCAAGCCUCUGCUGUACAAGUUCACGAAGAAGGACGUUGUUCGGCUGAGGAUAAAAACGCUGCAUCGUUCGGCGAUCGUUAUUUUUUCCAUGAUCGCAAUGGAGGUAUCCUCGGUAUUCUACGUCAACUCCACGGUGGUCAUUUAUCAUUACGUUUUUGCGUUUCAGUCAGCUCUCCUGGGACUCAUAACUUUGUCGAUGUACGUCAUUAGCGAGGAAGUGCUAGUGGUCGCUCCGAGUCUUCGAAAAUUGAAAAAACACCAGUCGGUGACCGACGACGAGUUUACCUCGGAACAGACUAAAGUCCACCCCAAGGAUCGCGAGUCCGAGCGCGAGGUGUCGUCCUCGUCGUCGGCGGGUUGUGCCCUACCAGCGACUAUCCUGCUCACAGGCGUGUGUGAAUCCAUGGCAGCGUACCCGGAGACCCGAGGAGUGGCCGUUGGCAUAGACGCCCGCGAAUACGUCAACGAGGCCGCGGCUGGCGCCUACGCCGCGGCGACGAAGCCCCUGCCCGAGAUACAGAUACACCACGUCGACGACAUCCACCUCGACAAUAACUACGGGCUGAGUGCACGCGCCAGGGUCCAACUACCGCCACAGCCGCCGAAAAUUUUGCACACGUUGCCGAGGAGGUACCAGGUUCACCACCCUCCACCGCCCCCCGUGCAGUUCGAGCAGCCGGCUUACGUGGUCAGGGGAGCGGGUUUUGCGGCCUUGGAGCCUUACACGACGCUGGAGCAUGUGCAGCCGUAUCAUCCGCAAGAGCUGGUGAGCUUGACAGCCCUGCAGCCGGCGGCCCUCGACUUCCAGCAGCACCGGCCGGGCCCACCGGGUUCCCACGAGCACAACCCAUCGCCGACUGUCCCCCGCAGUGCCCAGGCGGAGACGUGCUUGGGCGGUCGCGCGCCCACGAUGCCCGACGUCACCCUCGCGAUAAACGCCGGCGAGCCCGAGGUGCUGCUCCUCGGCAAGAAGCUACUGGGGAAACCGCCAAUGAAGCACGCGGUGGUCGGCACCUCGACGACCACGUAUACGGCGUCCGUGGGCACGGCAACGGAGGACGUUGGGGGUACCGAGGGUACGGCGAUGCCCGACAUCGCCAACACGAUGGAGCAGCGCAAGCAGCCCGACGGCGAGGACGUGCUGCUCAAGCUCGCCAGGUGCCACGAGAUGGUGCAGCUCGACGUUGGCGAGGCUGCGCCCGCGGACCCGGGCCUAACGAGCAACGGCAUGCUCGACAGGAUAUCGCACGACCUCGACUACCUGCUCAAUCGCACGAAAGACGACGCGUAGAGGGCCCCAUUUUUUUCCAUCAAUAUACAUAUAUAUAUUUUUUUUUUACCUUCCAUCCAGGAGGACUAUUUCUGUGCACGUCGGAGACUUCACGUUGAAGAGCGUUGCUCUCGUGUGAAAUUUUUUUUUUUUUUUUUUUCGUUUACUCGUGGUGGUUUCUGUAGGCUUUGACUGACCUCCUUUGAGCGCAAACAUUAUUGUUCUGUACAUAUUAUAAUAUGUGGCAGCUAUAUAGGUACCACACGUAGCUACUGAACGGCGCCAGAUUAGGCGUUUCGUGUGUAAAAUAUGUAAAAAGUGUGUAUUUUCGCG